AUGGACGCCCUACUCUCAAGCGAGCUCUCGGCCGACACUUUGGCGGCGCUGCAGGCGCAUCUGCAGACGCAACAGGCGCAGAAGGACGCGGCUGUGUCUGAGGACUUUCGUCUCUCGCAGUUCUGGUAUGACGACCGGACUGGUCGUGCGCUCGCGCAGGAGGCCAUUGACCAGAGCAAGGAGAAGCGCAUCGCCUUCGUGAGUACGCCAGCAGCCUACCGCGACUUCCUUAAGAUCCAGGAGGAGAGCGACUCGCCCAUCAAGGGCGACAACGUGUUCUUGUUUGAGUACGACCGCCGCUUCGACGAAAAGUACAGUGGCCACUUUGUAUUCUACAACUACAAUGAACCCACAAACCUGCCGGACAAGUUCCAUCACUUCUUUGACUACGUUCUCGUAGAUCCGCCCUACCUGAACACCAACUGCAUGGGCAAAUUUGCUGAGACCAUGCGCUGGCUGGCGAAGGACGUGGAGAGCGUUCCAGGAAAGAAAGCCAAGAUUCUCACUCCCUGCACCUUCAUCACGGCGCGCAUGCUUCGCAAAGAUAUUUAUGCUGACCUCGGCUUCACGCCGUCGGGCUUCACGCCGACGUUCGAGUCCAAACUGUCGAACCAGUUCCUGACCUACACUAACUACCGCUCGGAGCGUUUCGGUGAGAGCACAGAGAACUUUGGCGAUUCGGAUGAGGAGUAG